AAAUACAACAGGGUUAGUUUACCUACAAAUUAUUACUGCACAAAAUAUCAUGGUUUUUGGCGCAAAAGCGGUGGUGAAUACAGAAAAUUUCGUUGGUCAUGAUCAAAUCUGGAAAGAUCAUGUCACAAACGAAGCGACAGCGGCCAAGCAAUGGCCGGUUCAUUGGGGAUUUUUGAUCAGUCAGUACAAAAAGUUAUGUAACGAAGAUGACGGCGUACCUCAAGGAGCGGCUUCGGUUCGCGUCAAGGAAAGGCGAGAGAAAUUGAAACUUCCUCCAAUCGACAACGUGAAACAGCUUGGCGUGGGCGCCUCGACCAGACCAUUUCCAAAAACCAGCAGCGGUGAGAUAGGUUGGCGAUCAACACAGCCUCAAUGCAGACUGGAAAGAUACGGCCGUUAUACGAAACCAGUUCAAGGAGUGUUGAAGUCUCUCAACUGGCCUCCUGAAUCUGUUGACUGAAGCAAAAUAUUGAUGUAUGAAAUUAGUUUACUUGAAUCACAGUCGAUGGAGGACGUGGUUUGAAGACAAUACAACUCCUUAAGCUUCCAUAGUUUCCAUUUAAUCGUAAUUGUCGCAAACAAGCCAUUUUCACCGAUGAGAAAUAGUUCGGAUGUAAAUUUGGUGUUUAUUUCUAUAUUUAAAUUGGUCAUUGCUGAGUGCACACAUCAGUGGCACACACAGAGAUUUAUUCUAUCACAUCAACUAGCUUGACAGUUGACAUGUUCACGACUCAGGACUAAAUGGGAAAUGGAAAAAUCUGCUCAUGCGGGCGCGACGGGCCUCAAAAACAAAACCGCCUUUAUGCAUGCACCUAGACCUCAACAAACAGCAUUCUUAGUUAGAGUACGAUAUAAAUAAUCACACCAUCGUAGGUCACAUCAGAGUCAUUGAACCUAACUGUUAGCGCUCAGGUCCCGGUUGUUCAAAAGCCGGUUAGCUUAACCCUGGAUUAAGGCAAAUCUUUACCUUAAUUUUUUAACCUCUUGCUUGCAUAGUUCAGUCAUAAUCAAUUUUUCGUAAAUAAUUUCAGGACGGAUGAAAGUCAUAUUUUCUAAACGUUUUACAACAAACAGUGGUUCAAAAGCACAUAAACUAAAACUCUUGAAUAUUAUUUAACCCUGCAUGGGUUAGCGCUAACCUAGCUUUGAACAACUGGCCCCAGAAGGGUGAUUCUUUCAGAAAUCCAUUCUUAGUAUUCAAUCGAUUAUAUCUUUUGUUAUUCUGGAUGUAACUUGUGAUAAUGUUUAUCUGUAAGAACUACAGCUUGCCGGGAUAUAUUUUGAGAGAUAAUACGUUGUUUCAACCGAGAAAUAAGAUUUUUUGUCAACAAGUCCCAGUCCUUUCCCACCAUUUCAAAUCACUUGGAAGAGAUUUCUUAGGGAGAAAAAUGACACUUUUUUGUAUUCAAUUUUGGUAAUGAUUAAUAGC